AUGAUGGUGCUGACCCCAGCACAAAUAAAAUCAAUUUGCCUGGCCAUACUAGAAUCGGGAAAGCAGUAUGCAGUGAAGAAGAGGAAACCGUUCCCACUCAUGUAUUCCUACUAUGGAACAGAGUAUCUUGGUGCAGCACAUGGGCUUUCAUCAAUCCUUCAGAUGUUGCUUUCCUAUUAUGAGUACCUGCAGCCAGCAGAUCAGGAACUUGUGUGGCAGAGCGUUGAUUUUCUUAUGGACCAAGAACAGAACAGCAACUGGCCUCCUGAGCUGGGAGAGACAAUUGAGCGGGAGAAUGAGCUUGUACACUGGUGUCAUGGAGCUCCAGGCAUUGCAUAUCUGUUUGCCAAAGCUUACCUGGUUUCCAAGAAGCCUCAAUAUCUGGACACUUGUAUUCGCUGUGGAGAGCUAACUUGGCAGAAAGGCCUGUUGAAGAAGGGACCUGGAAUAUGCCAUGGAGUGGCUGGUAGUGCUUAUGUGUUCCUGCUGCUGUAUAGGCUCACUGGAAACUCAAAAUACAUAUACAGGGCACAAAGGUUUGCAGAGUUCUUAUUUACAGAAGAAUUUAAGGCUGGUUCCCGGGCAUUAGAAAGUGUAUAUAGUCUGUAUGAAGGCUUCUCGGGAACUGUGUGUUUCCUGACUGACUUGCUGCAACCCAACCAAGCCGAGUUUCCUCUCUUCAGUGUCUUUGUCUAAAGAGUAACACUCUCCAGGGCUAC